CCGAAAAAGGGGUUGUUUGUUGGCAUCUUUUCUAAACCUGAGCGUUUUGACGUCUGCCCCUAAAGAAACAUUGUCGUCGUUGUAUCCCGAGAAACCCCCCCGAAAUUUGUCAUCAUCAUAAUUCUUUCGGAUGUAAUUUUUUACGCUCUAGCUGUGUUUUUCGGCGGUGGAUCAUUGAUCAGCCAAACAAUCACGCGGUAUGACAACUAUUGGGAAUCAGCAUCGUAGCAACCAUACGCGACAUUCGUACCGCCAGGGAAACCUUCCCCGUCCAAACAGUGGAAUCGACGUGUUAGUUUUGUAAUUAUUUUGCUGUGGGUACGGAAUUGAAACCGCCUGCUACAAUACUGCACCAUCAAAUAAGAAGUCAAUCGAAAACCGACGACGCUGUGUGUAGUGUACGUAAGAGGAGGCAAAGUGAUAAAAAAGAGGGUGGUGUUCAACCUACCAUCCCCGCACAAAUCAUCCUCUCAGGCACAGAUGGAUGACAACAUGAUCGGAAGCGAACACUAUCGCUAGCCGUUUUCCACCCAUCCUUAUUGUUUUGUUGUCGUGUUGCAGAUUCCUAGCAUUCUGCGGAACCGGGAUUCCACAGCAAGACACAACACUCAUCAUCAACCUUCAUCAACACGGUCCGGUAUCUGUGGUUGAGGACCUGAAUUAGGGACGCAUUUCGUAGAAAAAGUAAACAUACUUCCUUGAUGUGUUUUGGAACGCCCACAGAACCGUUACUUCCAGUGCCAAAGCAAGCAGGAUUCGUUUUCGCACAUUCAACAGCAAAGCGAGCAUUAGUAGCUGCAGCAGCCGCGUAUGAUGCCCUGCCCGGGAUUGAAGGUUUCGCACGUGAUAUUUGUGAUCGUCAUACUGAUAACGAUAGUGUUCUAUUCGUCGCUGAAUGGCCGCCAUUUUAUACUCGAACCGCGCCGUUAUGCAAACCACCGCAAAAACGAUCCUAGCCCACUGCCGAACCGGACACUACCGGCAACGGUCGCUGACAAGGCGUUGCUAGUUGGUGGACCGGUACCGCCGGGGCUCGAACGCCAAAAGUGUAAUGUGUUCCAGAUAGUAGUGCAGGGCUGCGGCUUUAAUAUGCCUACCAACACGCUCGAGCGUGUGCAGCAGCAGCAGCAGGAAAAGAACCAAACGCAGCUUCAUCAGAUGCAAAAAGAGCAACAGCAGCAGCAGCAGCAACAUGAUCAAUCGGAACAAGAAACAGCACCGGAGCAGGUGAACAAUAUCCAGCGAAUACCAAACCCUUCCGCGGUAAAGAUGUCUGCCGCGGUUCAAGGAUCCUCCUCUUCCUCAUCCUCCUUGCCACCCGCACCGCAACCGACUGCACUGGAAGCGGAGGGUGAGAAAGUGAUUAAAACGCGCGACCUCUACCAUUCCGGCCAUCUACCGGACGGUGCGUGCGUAGCAAAUCUCUGCCCGCACAACGGUACCGAUGUGACGCUACUGAUACUCGUCACGUCCGCACCGACGCACCGGGAACAGCGGCUUGCCAUUCGACAGUCCUGGGGCCACUACGACAGCCGGCGUGACAUCUCGAUCGGGUUCAUCGUCGGGCAAACGGACGAUGUACGCAUCGAGGAUCAACUAGCAGCAGAAAGCUAUAUGUAUAGUGAUCUGAUACGGGGCAACUUCAUCGACAGCUAUCGCAACCUAACGCUCAAAACGAUUUCGCUGCUCGAAUGGACGAAGCUGCACUGUCCGAACGCGUCCUUUCUGCUGAAAACGGACGACGAUAUGUUUAUCAACGUGCCGAAACUGUUACAGUUUAUGGAGGCGCACGGUAACCAGCGGCGUACGAUCUUCGGCCGGUUGGCGAAAAAGUGGAAACCGAUUCGUAACAAAAAGUCCAAAUAUUACGUCAGCCCGGAACAGUACUAUCCACCUGUAUUUCCACCAUUCACCACCGGACCGGCGUAUCUGCUGACUGCCGACAUCAUUAAUGAAAUGUUCGAGAAAUCGCUCAGCCAAACGUAUCUCAAGCUGGAAGACGUCUACACCACCGGUAUAGUCGCGCAGCUGCUAAACAUACAUCGGAUCAACGUGAAGGAGUUUCUCAACCGGCGAAUAGCGUUCAACCAAUGCAACAUCAAGAAGGCGAUCAGUAUCCACAUGGUCAAGAACAACGAGCAGCUUGAUCUAUGGAAGAAGCAGGUCGACACCAGCGUGUCAUGCACGUAGAAGUAUUGUUUUAUUCUUAUUAUAAUUAUUAUUGCUGCGUUUUACAUUGCUCUCCACGCCUUUUAUGUUCCCAAAAAAACCCUCCAAUUUCUUAGAAAAAAAAGCAACAAACAAAGACAUAAAAAGACAACGUUCACACACACACAGGACCCACACACACACACUGCUAGAUCGUUCCACAAUGAAGAACGCAAAGAGGAAGCAAUCACGAACAAGAAAAAUAGGACGAUAAUAAAUUGAAACCUCUUGUAAAUGUUAUUUCUUAAUACCCUUUUUAAAAGAUCCUGUUUUCUUUUACUAGAGAUUUGCUUAGUAAGCAACUAAAACAAAAAAACAUUAACAGCAAACAAAGCGCGUACGAGCAUGCCUUUCAACAAAAAAAGAAACAAACGAAAACAGAUAAGUGAAUUAAUAUACAUUCCGUCGCUUUGAGGUACGCGUUUGUUAAGCGAAGCGUAACGUAUAUCCCCGUAUCGUGAAAAAGCGUUUGAAACUGUAUAGGAAAUUGCCGCGUAUGCGUUCUCGUCUGAGUAAAAAAACGAGUAAGUUUUUUUUUGUGGUGUGCUAGUUAAGUAAGCAUUCGCGUGAUUAGAAUUGGGCCUGGGCUUGUCUUGGAGGCUGAAAUGAAUUUUAACAAACCAUCACUCCUUCCCUUCCUGUUUCCCCUCCCCCCCCCCCCCCCUUUCGACUCCUUUUUUUUUAUUAAAAUCAACCCCUUUUUUCGGGCUGGAAAACUGAAGACGAAAAGCGUACAUUAAAAAAAAAGAUAUAUUUAUAUACACACAUAUACAUAUAUGUAAAACCCAUAUUUCUAAAGAACAUGUAUCACUCCACUACCGCAUCAAUAGCUAGAGCGUGUUCCAAGAGAGAGAGAGAGAGAGAGGGAAGGGGGCUUGAAGUCAUGAAGAUUGUAUAAAAGCAAAAACAUAUUUUAUAUAGUAAUUCUCAUACGUUAUAAGGCAUGUAAAUAUAAGUUUUGCAUUCGCACGAGCCGGGCAGGUUACGGGUCGACGGUUCGGCACACUGCACGCCCGGCGUUUGGCAAGGCGGCGGCAAAAACAGAAAAAAGAUAAGCGAAAACAGUGUAACGUCCUAACGUUUCAUUUCGCUGUGAUUGUACGUUUCGUUUAACAUUUGUUUUGUUCGCGAAAUUUACGUUAUUUAUCUCGGUUGUACGAAUAGAAUUAGCAACUGAUUUGUGCGAUGAAUAAAAUUGAUUCUCAUCAGUUACCCUUUUAUUACGGUCGGCGGUAGA